UCUUCAUACUUGUCAACAAAGUGUCGCAUUUUCUUCGUUACAGCGUUAAAACUGUUUCUAAUUGUAAUUUUAAGCAUUAAUAUUGUGCAGUUAAUAUUAACACAAAUCCGAUCUGCAAGGAUAUCGUUUAUCCAAUAGCUUUCUUUCAACCUGGAAUCCAAAAUGGCGCUUCCAUCUAACUACAAACAUUCACCGGUGUCGACACCCACCACGCAACGGCUACGCCCGUCCGGGUCUAGCUCGGAAAAUCGUAAACCUGACACUUCAAGUCCGUUUAUGCAUAGCCCUCAGGGCAAUCCUGCUUUUACGCCACAAAAAUUGGGUAAAACGACAACGACUGCAGAAGCGAAAAUUAUAAAACCUCCGAAGGCACCAGAGAAACCACUGACACCUUACAUGCGCUACUCGCGGAAGGUUUGGGACUCGAUCAAGGCGUCCAAUUCUGAUCUCAAGCUUUGGGAAGUCGGGAAGAUUAUAGGACAACAGUGGCGUGAUUUGCCGGAAAAGGACAAGGAAGAAUACAUAACCGAAUACGAGGCGGAAAAAUUGGAAUAUGAGAAGAAUCUCAAGGCUUACCACAGCUCGCCUGCAUAUCUGGCCUAUUUGACUGCGAAGAAUAAAGCUAAGCCUGGCGGCGACGGUGAUGGUCAUGAGCCUACUCGGUCCAGUUCUAAGAGCGGCCAACAGGAUCGUAGAAUUGAUAUACAGCCAGCCGAAGACGAGGAGGAUCAGGAUGAUGGAUAUUCUUUCAAGCAUGUUGCAUAUGCAAGAUUUUCUCGCAAUCAUCGUUUGAUAAAUGAGAUUUUUUCCGAUGCGGUUGUUCCAGACGUUCGUUCGGUUGUUACAACACAACGAAUGCAUGUUCUUAAAAGACAGGUGCAGUCACUAGCAAUGCAUCAAAUGAAAUUACAGCAUGAAUUGCAGUUGAUUGAGGAAAAGUUUGAAACACGGAAACGUAAAUUUGUCGAAUCAAGCGAACAGUUUCAAGACGAACUGAAAAAGCAUUGCAAACCAGCUGUUGACGACGAAACGUUCCAGAAAAUGGUCGACCGUCAGUACGAGAUGUUAAAACGAGAGCGUUUACGAACUAGCGAGGAUCAGCAGAAACCUUCGGUAGCAGCUCCUACAGCUAUUAAACAGGACGAUCAUGCAGGAGAAGGUACCGUUAUUCCGAUGGAAGAAUCUCGUUCUGAAUCAGACGCUGAAGCAAGGCCACCGCUAGAGUCCGGUCCAGUGACAAAGAAAGAUGACAGAGAGGAACUACUGGGAGCGGAAGAUGAGACUAAGCUGAUUACAUCCGAGCACAAUGCUCAGGAAGAAAUGGCCAAGGAAUCUCAAGUGGAUCAUAAGGCACCAAUGAUGGAACAAACACCGCAGAGUGCUCCUUCUGUUGCAGCCAUCGUUCCUCCUCCGGAACAUUACCGUGGACCAGCAAGUCAUCCUCCGGUUCUACCGGAACCAAAACCUGAAAUUCCGCCAGUUGCUGCUACACCUCCGCCUCCAGUUUCAGCUCCUCCACCACCUCAUCACCACGCUGCUGCAGCUCCAACAUCUGCUCCUUCAUCGCCAUAUCCAUCACACAGCGCUGAAUCCCACGUUCCUCCACCGAACGUUACCGUCCCCCAUCAUCAAGGUCCUCCGCCUCCACCGCCUAGUCAUCACAUGCCACCACACAUGCAACCACACCCAGGAAUGCCAUCCCACUCGGGAUAUCCUGGAUAUCCCCACGCAGGUCCUCCUCGCCCAUACUAUCUUCCUAGUGGAUAUGGUACCCAUCCACAAUCCUACGCCCAGUACGGUCACUACCCCUAUCAUCAGCAGUAUGCGCCACCGCCACCCGGUCAGUAUAUGCCGUGUCCGCCUCGUCCUGGUCACGGUGGACCUAUGGGCCACUAUGGAGCUGAUCCACAUCAUGGACCUGCAGGUGAUGGUCAUCAUCAGCACUCGCCGUACGGUCCAGGGCCGGCACCGGGUGGACCCCCGCCGGCCACCGCUGGUAGUACAGGUGGACCAAUUCCAGGAGGUCCCCCACAAACACCGCCUGUUGGUCCAGCUGGUGGGCAUUCUGCAGAAAGCGAAGCUCCUGAAAAGCCUGAAAAACCGGAGAAAACACCUUCCAAGAAGAAGAAAUCUAGCAAGAAAGACGCCGAAAAGAAAGCAACCCAUGACGACUAAAGUUGGCGUUAGGAAUUGUCCACAUAUUAAAAUUAAAUGAAACUAAAUAUGCAUCUUUUACUACUUCAAAUAAAUAAUAUUAAAUGACACCAACAAUCAUUACAACUAUGUCGAGGCAAUUGACGAAAAUAAAACAUUUUGGAUUAA